UACCGGAUUUUGAAUUCUGGCUUGUUAUUGCUAAUGAGGGCUAUCUAGGAAAAACAAGCUGUCGGAUAUACAUUUUAAUGUGUAGAUGUUUAUUUUACCUCAUAAAGUAUAUCUUUGUUUUACAGUAAAAAAAUAUAUAUUAAAAAUAAAAAUGUUAAAUAAUUAACAACAGCAACAAAAAGUGUGUCGGGACUAUUUGAAGUAGGUGGAAGAACACUAGGGUGUCAAAAGGCGGUGAUGUGCCGUUUCCAUGGAGACGCGUCUCUUGGCCAGGGGCAGAGUGAAAGUUAUAAACACCCGCCCGAAACUCUGUAAUACAAACUGCAGACUGGGAGAAACUAGGCGAUCACAAUUAAGUCAAUAACUAUGAAGAACCAUGGAAUCGCACAGAAUAGUCCAAAUAAAAAUGUUAAAAUCGAUAUAAACAAAAAGGGGUUCGUUCGCUAAUCAGAAAAAAAAAGUUUUUUAAGAGAAAGGAGGUGUGUUAUUUACCAUAACUGCGACGUAUUUUAUAUUAAACAGUGACACAUAGGUUACUUUUAAUUUAAAAAAAAUACAUUUUAGAACACAUUGUUACUGUUUUGUGUGUUUUGUGUUAAAUGGCAGUUUCUAGUAAGGACGGAUGCGAGGAGCAAGCGGUUCGGUUGGGAGAUAAGGACCGAGUAAUCAGAGAACCACUGAAGGACUCUUCCGGGCUUCUGACUUCGUCCGGCACGGAAAAAAAGACAAAGAAGAAAAAAAAGAAGGAAAAAACAAAAGAGAAAAAGAAAAAACAGGGUGGCUCCUGUAAGAAGCGAGUCCACUCCAGCACGCCUCCGACACCAGAAGACGCAGAUAAGCAGCAUCAGGACCCAGGCGUCAAGCUCUUCCCCACCCACCUCGCGCCGUCAUUGGAGUCGCUGGACGGAAAGCUGGCCAAGGUCAAGCUUCAAGGCAGGACCCCUGCAGAGGCAGCCCGAACCAAGAGCAAGCCCAGGAAGCGCAAGGAGGCGGCAGCAGCAGUGCUGUCCAAUCCAGAGCCUGCGUCGUCAGACAACGAGGCGGACCUGACCAACAAGAGGAACGAGAGCCUGAGGUGGGAAGGCACGCUGGAGGACCCCAGCGCCGAGGAAAACAGGAUCCGAAUCUACAAAAUGAACAGGAGGAGGCGCUACCUGAAUGCUCUCCAGGGCCUGCACGGGGAGCUGGGGCCGGCAGGCACCACUCAGGAGGGCCACCAAUCGAAUUGCUUUGGGAGAGGGUGCACAGCUUCUUCCCAGGGCCCCCGAGCUCAACUCCAAUCAGAGCUCUCUCAUCAUGACAGGAUUCUCUCGGGGAAAGAGAUCAAUCGCUUUAUACAGGACGGAGCGCAAGACUAGAACACAAAAUAACAGCAAGCUGGCAUGAACAGAGAACUGUUUGGAUGUAGACGGGUGUCAAUGCGCCAGUGCUUGAGGACAUGGGGUGCCUGGGGUGAGUUUAGCACAUUCAUUCAACCUGCCUUUAGGCCAUAGAGUUUGCACUGUUCACGUAGACAACAGAUUUCAAAUGUCCCCAUUGAAAGUAGUGUAAAAACGAUGACCUUGGCACCCAGUGUUGUGUGUCUUUUGCCUCACUUUGUUUACAUACCAGGAUGUUCUGUCAAUGUGCCUGGCCAAAAAGUUUAUCAUGCAACCAACACUUGUUCAACACUUGUAUGUUUGGGGUAACAAAUGGGAUAAUAUUUAUUUUAAACAUGAAGCUCAGGUUUGUAACAGUAGGGAUAAAUACCUUUCCCUUAUGAUAUGAUACGUCUUAUCAUCUUUCACGUUUACUUUUAUCAGGAAUUACUGGCACCCUGGCUAUACUGUUUCAAAAGCCCUGCAAUUAAAGCAGUAGUUUUCAAACUGUCCACCAGAGGGCUUUCAAACAUCACAAUUCUCUGACAAUAGGGCUAUAUUUGUAUUUUGUAUUUUAUAUGUGAUUUUGUUUAAUUUGUGUAUUUUGUCUUUGUUACAACGCAAGAGAUGGAUAUUAGUGCCAUAUUUAAAUACAUUAAAAAAAAUCUAAUUUAAUAAAAUGUUGAUUGUAUAACUAGAUAAAUAAAAAGGGAUUGAGAACGCAGGGCAAUAUUCAAGAUUCAGGUAUUGCCCUGUUUAAGAUCACACCAGAACAAAUCAUUACUGCAGCCUUAUUCUUAGUUUACAAGUAAUUGACUGAUAAGAACACAAAAGAUGAAGUGCUUG